CUGAAAUUUCAGCUAAGAAAUUCUUUAAAGUUGCUUUAUUCGAUCCAGUUUUCGCAAAUGUUAAAGAUGAACUUAAACAUCAAUUCCAACCAAUUAUAG